UUUGCAUUUUGGACCAGCCGGUCGUCGAUCUUAACAGCAUUUCAAAAGCAGGCAGAUAGAACUUUUCGCCACCGGUCCGCAUUCCCCGUUGUAUUUCAGGAUUCGAUACGGAACAGGAACUUCCACGAGUGAGGUCGGCCUCUGAAGACCUGCUAUCACCUGCCAUUCCAGCAGUUUCUGCCUGGAGCACACACCCGUCAUACUCGCCGUUUUCUACUGCAAUCCCGAAUACAAGAUGAUGGACUUUAUAUUUGGCUCCCGGAAAACCCCGGCAGAGCUUCUUCGACAGCACCAACGUGCUCUCAAUAGGGCGCAACGCGACCUUGACCGCGAGCGCUCGAAACUAGAGCAGCAGGAAAAGAAGCUUAUUGUGGACAUUAAGAAAGCUGCUAGGGCCAAUCAAAUGAAUGCAUGCAAAAUCAUGGCAAAGGACCUGGUCCGAACACGCCGGUACAUUCAAAAGUUCUACCAAAUGCGAACACAACUACAGGCAGUUGGAUUACGGAUACAGACACUCCGUUCAAACCAACAAAUGGCGGAAGCUAUGCGUGGCGUAACCAAAGCUAUGCGUUCCAUGAAUAAACAAAUCAACCUUCCAGGCAUCCAAAAAAUCAUGAUGGAGUUUGAGCGUGAGAGCGAAACGAUGGACAUGAAGGAGGAAAUGAUGAACGAUGCCAUUGACGAUGUAAUGGAAGAGGAGGAUGAUGAGGAUGAAAGUGAUCAGAUUGUCAAUCAGGUCUUGGAUGAGAUUGGCAUCGGUUUGGAUCACUCGCUUCCCGAAGCGUCAAAGGCAAGAGUUGGUGGUGCCGCGGUAAAAGAAUCGCAAGCAGAGGCACUUUUAGCAGAUGAUGCCGCUCUACAGGCGCGGUUGGAUAACUUACGGAGAGAAUAAGAUAGAUUGGAAUUAUUUGUAAUAUGAUUUUUGAUUGCGUUUCAUGCCUUGUCAGA